AUGGGAAUCCCUGCUGGCGAACCAUGGGACUAUGGGGUGGCGGCGAUGAUGAGGCCGGACGAUAUAGAGUCCGGAGUAUAUCGACUGUGUCGCCUCAUCUACAAGUCAAUCAGGCUCGCGUGUCGGCGGCUCGUGAGGCCGGCUGGUACACGUAAGGGCUCUUUGGUGAUGUACGACAGCGCUAGCUGUUCGUACGCAGGUGCGCUCGAAUUAAAGGGAGCCUCCGGGGCCGGAGCCGCGGCCGCGGCCGCCGCCGGUGUAACCGCGGCCGGCGUCAAGCAGGAGAACUGGCCGUACCGCGGCCUCACCUGCGGCAGCACCUUUCAACGACUCAAGGAAAGCGUCGACAAGGCGAAGCAGGCCCUCGCCGAUCGCAGCGGUUACCUAGCGGGUGCGUUUUCGCCGCCUCCGCGCGCCAACCCGUCCGCCAUUUCGCCCACCGCCUCCAUCACCGAUGCUGGCAGCUCUUACAAGGGAGGCUGGAGCCACGCCACGUCGCCGGCACCUGGUCAGGGCUAUGGAAGCAGCUUAUCAAAGACAGCACUGGACACGCACAGCCAUCUCAGGCAGCCUGAUCCCUACCAAAUGUUCGGGGCGACGAGCAGUCGGCUCGCGAGCUCUGGUUCCGGACAGAUACAGCUCUGGCAAUUUCUACUCGAGCUCCUGUCGGACUCGAGUAACGCCGCGUGCAUCACGUGGGAAGGAACCAAUGGCGAAUUCAAGUUGACCGAUCCCGACGAGGUGGCGAGACGAUGGGGCGAGAGGAAGUCGAAACCUAAUAUGAAUUACGACAAAUUGUCGAGGGCCCUGAGGUAUUACUACGACAAGAACAUCAUGACGAAGGUGCACGGCAAGAGGUACGCGUACAAGUUCGAUUUCCAGGGGCUGGCAGCCGCGACGCAGCCGGCGGCGGCCGAUCCGGCGGCGUACAAAUACCAGAGCGAGCUCUUCAUGUCCGGUUACGGCCACGCCAAGCUGAACCUGAUGCCGCCGCCGGCGGCGUCGGUCUCGGUUUCCGUUCCCGGCGGCCUCUUCCAAUCGGCAUCGAGCUACUGGUCGACGAGCCCGGGCGCCAACUUGUACGCCGGCCAUCACACGGCCUCCGGACACGUGCCACCUCAUCUCGGCACCUAUCCGCAUUACGCAUGACCCGCCGCCGAGCACUGGGGUGCCCUGGGCACGCCGCGUUGAAAACGUUUCUACCGAUAAAAGUACGGAGCCGCAUCCGCCACCGUCGCCGUCACCACCGCCGCGUCGGCGGCAUGCGAAAUCGUAAAUUGCGCCCCACUCGGCCCCCCUUAUCCCGCCCCCGCAGGCUCGGACCGCACAUUGUUUCAGGUACUUGCACGAAUCUGUCCAUACCGCGUACUUGCUUGCAACAUUAGCCUUUCCUAACGGAUUUCUAAAGCAAUCGUCACAUUUCUAAGGAAUCAAAAUGAACAUGAGUAGCAGAGUAAGUGGUCUCGACGAUUAAAUUUUGUAGUGUCUUUCUCCUGCACUUGGAGAAGCAUGGUUGUAGCAAUAUAUGUUGUCUCUCUCUCUGCUACAUUCAAUUCACAGCUCGUUUCGAUAGUGUUCAACAACGCUCAUUAAUUAUUUAUUUAAUAAGGUAUCUCUCGACCGCGUCGAAAAUAUCAAGUAAUACUUUAAAAAAGAAAACAGAGAAUCUCAAUAUCAAUUUUUUUACUAAUAAAUUUAAUGAAGAAAUUAUAAAAUUGUCGAAAGAUAUUUGCGGAAGAAAGAGACAAUAGCGCGUGCUAUUGUCUCAAAGUGAUACAAACAUUUAUUGAGUUGAAAGAACUUUCAACUGACACAUCUCUACCGGUAGGUACACAUUUCAAUUGAAGAGUUUCAAGAGUGCAUCUAAACAUGGUGACAUGGGAUAUUUAUAGCGUGUAGGAGAAGCCUACUUUGAAAGAGAUAACAUUAAUUCAAAUGAGUGAGUUGCGUUCGAAUCUAACUAAAUUUUGUCGGCGAACUUGAAAAUAUCAUGUAUGUAAUGUAUAUGAAAAUAUUAUAUAUGCAUUCUGACGUGCAUCUGGCAAUUAUAAAAAUUCAAAUUUUGCGCAAACCACUCGUAGAUAAAUUUAUAGUGAAUUUAAAGAAAGUAAAGACAUUUUUCUUACGCCGACCAAUCAUUGACAAGUAGUUAUAUACACCUGUCGGAUCGCAAGUAGUGACAUAGCUUUAUAAUCGAACGUAAGUAGUAACGGACGACAAGCAAAAAACGCGACAUCCGUUCAGCGACACGAGAGGAAUGGUCUCGUUAAAGUAUCUAAAAAUUUAAUUAAAUACAGAUUGAAAAAUAAUUGAAUUAUUAAAAUAAUUAUGUAGAACAUUCAACCUGGUUACUAGAAUAUCAAAACUUUUUGCAGCAUUAGCAUCACGUUUGAAACUGUUCUUUCUAUAGAAUUUAUUAAAAAACAACGUGUUCUUUUUAUUAGGAAACUUAAUUUUAAUAGAAAAGUUUUGAACAGGUUUUCUGAGCAUUAAAGUUCUCUCUCUGUUAUAGAAAAGAUGGACAAAUUUAAUGAAGAAAAAGCUUUUUCUAAGUAUAUAAAUCGAAAUUAUUCAAGUAUCAGCAUUUUAAUUUUACCGAUAAUAUUCACAUAAUACGAGGCGGUUUUUUUGCAUUUAUUUGUUAAGUGUAAUAAUUAAAACUGUUAGAAAUGAACAUAUUUAUACGAAGAACGUAACCAAGACGCGUUUGGACAGAUUAAACAUCGAAAUCAUGCGGUACGGUCGUCCUAACAAAGGUGUGCAAUACCUAAACAAAUCUGAACCAAGACACCGUCGCAACUUUUUUGGUGCAAUGCCUAAAACAACGCGUCGCAAUCAUUUACGCGCCGCCAUACAGAGGCGACUCCAUCGUAAUGAUUGCACUAUACAGACUCUGAUUCGCGGCCGACGGGGGGUGCGCCCAGAAAA